UAAAGUUUCAUUGGUGAAGGUCAAUUUUAUUACAAAAUUACUUGCAGUUUUCUUUGUACAAAAUUAAAUUACAGUUUCUUUGAAAAGAAAAAAAAAACACAUAUGUUAUCUAAAAAAAAAAAAAAUAUAUAUAUAUAUAUAUAUACAUGUCUGAGCCCAGCCACAAAAUCAGGCCCGUCUCCUCAGACCCAAACUGUGAGCCCAACAAGCUCAGGCUCGGCUCUCAGAGCAGAAAAUCUCAAAUUUGCCGUCCUUCCGUUUUCACACAAUCCUCCCUCCCUUCGUUCCAUGCCUCCGAGUCCGAGUCGCUCUUCCAAUUGAAUAAAUCCGGCGACCUAAUUCGGAUCCGACCCGGAAACCAGAACCCAACCAAACCCAACCGCCGAGUCGAAUUUGGAUUUGUGAGGGAGGAGGGCAGCCAUGGCGUGCAAGGCAGAUGAUGACUAUGAUUAUCUGUUCAAGGUGGUGUUGAUUGGUGACUCCGGCGUCGGAAAAUCCAACCUUUUGUCGAGAUUCACGCGCAACGAGUUCAGCCUCGAGUCGAAGUCGACGAUCGGCGUCGAGUUCGCCACUCGGAGUAUCCACGUUGAUGAGAAUAUCGUCAAGGCCCAGAUUUGGGAUACCGCUGGCCAAGAAAGGUACCGUGCAAUUACAAGUGCAUACUACCGAGGAGCUGUUGGCGCUUUGCUUGUCUAUGACGUCACCCGGCAUGUGACAUUUGAGAAUGUUGAGAGAUGGUUGAAGGAGCUACGGGAUCACACAGACUCCAUCAUUGUGAUAAUGCUCGUGGGUAACAAAGCUGACCUGCGUCACCUGCGUGCUGUUUCUGUUGAGGAUGCUAAGGCUUUUGCCGAGAGAGUCGGGGCAGUUUUCAGGCUCCGAACCCCACCGUCAACAAUGUUUUGCUUGAGACUCUCCUCCCAUACGGUCUGCCGAUGUCCGAUCUCCUUAAGCCCCAAAUCGAACCAUCCCUCAAAUCGGUUGAUUUUGUCGAAACCCUAGCUUACUUGUAUUCGAUUCAGUUCUCUCUUAGUCUGUACACCCCUCAAAUCACCAUUUCCCUUGCCAACAAGCCCACCACAGGCCACAAGUCGACCUAGGACCAGCUGCUCUUGCUCCUUUUGUAGCAGCGCCGUCAGCAGAGUCAUGAGAGAGGCAGGUUUCUCCAGCACCAACGUCAAGAACAACUUGGAGGACUCGUCAACGUCCUCCGUUUUCCAGUGUUACAGCAAUUCCGCCAACUCUUCCUCUCCCCCAAUCUGCGAGCGGACCAAGCAGGUUUUGGCUGGUUCGUUUCUCCACUCGUUUUUCCAAAAAAACCAUCGAAUCCUGCAUUCAAGUUUCUCCCUUUCUCUGAUGAAUGGGAUGAUAGUGAUCCCUAUGACAUUUGGGAAUUUUGGAUUUUGAUUUGCUUCCACAGAUGAUGUCGUGACAGAUCCCUAAAAGAUGGCAUAUUGGUGUUUGGCAUGGAUGGAUCUUGUUUUUUUCUUUUGUUUUGUGAUAAACCCAGAUGGAAUGUUUAACAAUUCUGGAUGGUUAAUUGUGUGAUGCAUACUUGCAAAAUGGAAAGCAUCGAAAUCCAUGCCAUAUUGCUGGGUUUGUGCUUUAUGUGCCAUCCAGAAGCACGUCGGCAUAGCAUGGCAAAUAGGGCAGCGUCUCCGCCGUUAAACAUAAUCCUUUGCAGCAAUUGGCAGUGCAACGGAUGCGCAGUGGCGGUGCUCGAUGGCAGUACAACGGGUGUGCAGCGGCUGUGCUCAGUGGUUGGGCUCAGUGGCUGUGCUCUGGAUUCUAGCUGGAUCCGACAUCAAGGUCACCUCCACCUCCUCCGUCUCUUGCCUCGCAGCUGCCAACAACUUCAAAGACCGAUGUCAAACGACUAGCCGGCCGAGAAGCUCUUCCUCAAACUCGAGCUCCGCUCCCUGCAAAUU